AUGGGUUUUAAAGCUUCAUCAUCAGAUUCCAGUUUGUUUGUUAAACAAGAUGGUGCAGAUGUUAUCAUUCUCUUACUUUAUGUAGAUGAUAUAAUAUUGACUGGAUCUAGUUCACAGAAGGUACAAGAAGUAAUAACUGAAUUAGCUGCAGUGUUUAAACUAAAAGAUAUGGGCAGAUUGACAUACUUUCUUGGAUUGCAAGUUCAGUACAAAGUAAAUGGGGAUAUCUUUGUACGUCAGUCCAAAUAUAUUAAAGAUUUGUUGCACAAGGCUGGGAUGGACUCGUGUAAACCUGCAACUAUUCCAUGUAAACCUCAUAACUCAUUAAUACUCAAUGAAGAAGAAGUGCUAGCUGAUCCAAGUUUGUAUGGAAGUUUAGUAGGCUUACUGCAAUAUCUAACUUUCACAAGGCCCGAUAUAGCCUUUGCAGUGAAUUUAGAGUGUCAGUUUAUGGUAUCACCUACUAAAAUGCAUUUUGGAGCUGUUAAAUGCAUAUUAAGGUUUCUUCAAGGAACAAUGCAGCAUGGAAUUACAUUUUCAGCAAACACAGAGUUAGGCAUCACAGCCUUUAGUGAUUCAGAUUGGGCUGCAGAUUUUUUAAAUACCAAAAGAUCUGUGAUUGGCUAUGUUGUGUAUAUUGGUUGUAAUCUAGUGUCAUGGCAAUCCAAGAAACAAUCUUUAGUUUCAAGGAGUUCAACAAAGGCAGAAUACAAGGCUCUUGCUCACACAGUUGUAGAUGUUGCUUGGAUUCGAGCAAUUCUCCAAGACGUGAAUGCAUUCCUACCGGCACCUCCAGUGAUCUACUGUGAUAACAAGUCAGCUAUUGCAUUAAGUGUUAAUCCUGUGUUCCACUCAUGA